AUUCGAAACCCCUCGGACGGAUUCCAUAGGAAUACAUGGACUGUAAACAAUAUCCGGCAUGAUUAGAGAAAUGAUUCAAAUAUUUUAGAAAUAUUCAUGACUCCAACGAACACAAAUGGCGGGAUUAGAGAUCCACGAAGCAGCUGCUACAGGAGAUUAUGAUUCAUUGGAGGAAUAUUUGAAACAUAGUAAAAUUGACGUGAAUCUCAAGGAUAUAGAAUGGGACGACAGAACAGCUCUUCACUGGGCUUGUAUGAAAGGUUAUGUUGAGUGUAUACGUUUGUUGAUUGAACAUGGUGCUGAUGGGUGUGCACGCACUGACGAGGAAUCUUGGACGCCUGCGCACUUUGCUGCGGAAAGUGGGAGACAGCAUGCCUUACGAGCAUUAUUUGCAGCCGAUAUACCAAUAGAUAGACAAAACAAGUAUGGUGAUACACCAAAACGAGUAGCUGAAAUUUAUGGCCAACACGAGUGUGUACGAUACCUUACUACUGCAGAAGAAGAGCAGUCUAAGUCUCGGAAGAAGCUGGGGAUAGAUGAAGAUUCAGACGAAAUUUUGAAACAUUCGAAAAAGUGAUUUUAUACCUCGAUAUUAGCAAAUAUUUGUUAACUGUCUGAUGUGGCAUUUGUAUGUGUUAGUAAUAGUUCUAGUCAUCAAUUUGUGUCAAGUCAAAAGUCAACCUAGGGUUCAUGCAAUUGUUCAAUAACUUCAUAGCAUACACACUUUAACAUGAAUAAUUUUAUUUGAAAGCUGUAGGAAUGCUCGAAGUCCUUUCCCUUAUUAUAUUUGAUCAGGAACGUUCAGUGCCAAAAUUUUUGGUACAGAAUAUGCAUAGUUUUGCCUAAAAGAUUAAUCGAAGCUUUUUAAUAUUAACUUUCAAGGGGGGAUGGAACGUUCAUUGAGUUGUCAUUUUUAUACGACCGCAAAAAAAAUUUUGUGGUUGUAUAUUGGUAUGACGUUGGCGUCGUCGUCGUCGUCGUCGUCGUCGUCGUCGUCUGGCGUCGUCCGGCGUCGUCCGAAGACACAUUGGUUUUCGCACUCUAACUUUAGUUUAAGUGAAUGGAUCUCUAUGAAAUUUUACCACAAGGUUCAAUACCACAAAAGGAAGGUUGGGAUUGAUUUUGGGGGUUAUGGUACCAACAGUAAAGGAAUAAGGGGCCAAAAAGGGGCCAAAAAUAAGCAUUUUUGUAACUUCCAGACAUAACUUGGGUGUUAGUGUAUGGAUCUCUCUGACAUUGUACCACAAGGUUCCAUAUCACAAAAGGAAUGCUGGGAUUGAUUUUGGGGGUAAUUGCCUCAAAAUUUUAGGAAUUAGGGGCCAAAAAAGGGGCAAAAAACAAGCAUUUUUCUAGUUUUAUGACAAUAACUUGUGUGUAAGUGUAUGGAUCUUUCUGAAAUUGUACUACAAGGUUCCAUACCACAAAGGGAAAGCUGGAAUUGAGUUUGGGGGUAACUGCCGAAACGUUUAGGAAUUGGGGGCCAAAAAGGGGCCAAAAAUAAGCAUUUUUCUAGUUUCCAGACAAUAACUUGUGUUCAAGUGUAUGGAUCUCUCUGAAAUUGUACUGCAAGGUACCAUACCACAAAGGGAAGGCUGGGAUUGAGUUUGGGGGUGAUGAAUCAUAAGGGGGUUC